CACAGGGACUUGUCCCAGGGUUUGAUGAAGUGAUCUAUACAUAACGACUUCAUCUGAACCUUAAAAAGUUCUCAGCACUAACGACUAAGCAGCGAAGUCCUUGAUUCAUUCAACAGGAAAUGUACACAUAGGAGAGUGGUAAGAUACGCAAAAGGGCUAAGCUGCGAAAGAAAUGCAGCUGGUUCCCUCGUACAGCUGUCCCAAGUAGCAAUGAUCGGGGUAAAAGUUUCUCGAGGCUUCGCCAAGUGUAACCAUGUCAAAGUGUCUGCCCGUCCCUGGUAACAGCACCGACAGGGCCCAGAACCAGUCAUAAUCGAAACUCUCGCAGCCCUGUCAGCCACCCCUCCGAACUGCAUAAUAUCCUGAGUCGAGCCUGAGCUGUCCCUGUCGCUGUCCCUGUCUCUUGUCCCUCUUAGGCGGCUCCAAAGCUCAGGUCACUAACCAAACUGUGCCUGUCUGCCUGGUCGUGUUCGUCACUGUGCUGCGACUCUGCCCCUCUUCAAACGUUGCAAUCAAAUAAGGUCCAGGUGCUUUCCUACGCUCACGGUCGCAUCUCCAGAUUCUCACCAGAUCAUCAUCAUCCCAACCAUAUGUGCAAUAACCUUAAUUCAACCGUCAACAACACCCCCAGCGCGACAAUCAUCGCACAACAUUCUAUGCAGCACAGCACUCCAAAACCUCACCGGGUCGCUGGCUGCGAUGGCCGGACCAGCCUCAUCGUCCAUGUUCACUCGUCUUACGAACGCGUACAGACUGCUGUCACUUCGAAGCGAUAUCGAUAAUAUCAUACUGGAGCUGCUGGGGCAGUUCUCACUAGAGAAGAUAUACUGCGACAGCGACAAGGACACGUACCAGAAUCUGGUCAUCACACUACUGGCGCAAUUGAACACGAUCUUCAAUGUCCAGCGACUGUCACUGCCGUCGGAGAAUCAACAAGUUGGAUGGUAUCUGGGCUUCCUCGCGAGUUGGGAGGUGACUUUGCGGAGCAUAGAAUUCGUACUGCAGGUGGUUGUUGAGGGAAGAGAAAGCCUGUGGGAAGCUCGGCUGUUGAGGGACAAAUACCUGCCCGAGCUUCUUCUAAACGCGCUACGAGUUCUCACUCUACACCCAAAAAUACCCUCGAACCAAAAAGCCAAAGACCGACGAGACCGCUUUGCUCGUGUGCACAGGUCACUAGAACGUGUUUUUGACAGUUAUCCCAGCCCUGAAUCAUUCUUGCUCUUAAUAUGCAAAGAAGUAACUGAUUCGCUGCGAACUGAGCCAAAUGGACUUGCUCUUCCCCCGCGUAUGAGAUCCGACUUACCAAGCUUGGCCACGGAAUUGUACCCUCUUCCUGAGUGCCUUUCGUCUCAGUAUGUGGCGAAUAUCGUGCCCCAAGAUGGAUUCCCCGGCAACUGGCUGGCACAGCUCAUGGCGCUCCGGGAUGUAUCGCAUUUUGUUGUGGGAGCAUCCGUACAAUAUGCGGUGAAUAGAGAAACUCGAGAUAUGAGGCUUCAGUCCUCAUCAGCGAGGACUCGAAAUGCAGUCUUACAUGCGCUCGAAAAUAUUCGAAUACCUUCGCACUUAUCUAAAGUGGACCUCAUAGCGAACUUCAGUGACACUUUCCGAAUCAUUCUUCCGGAUACGCUGUCUUUGACGAGAAGAGGCUCAUCAGAAGGGUUGGUGGAUGAGCAUGAUAUCGAUGCGAUAGAUGAGCUUUGUUCUAGGCUCAGCGAUAGGCAGAUUGUCAACAGAGUCAGUGAUCGAGAGGUGAUGCACAGCGUAGCAGAAGUUACGAGAAGGGUUGAACUACUUGAUGAUCCUACAGGCAAGUUUAGAGCUGCUCGUCCGAAAGUCUUCGUCCUCAACUGUGAAGCUUGCCAUGUCGUUGGAGAGUCUCAGCUGAAAGAUUCGGACCGAGUAAUGUACACUCCUAGCUCAAGAGACACGGCAGAGAUUGUCCUGCCGCCAAAAUCAAAAUGCCUUGCUUGUGGUGAAGAGAUAACCAUGAUGCGAGAGCUAAAUUUCGCGAGAGAUUCAUGGGAAUUGCUCAAGCCUCUUGAGUCGAACGCAGACACUAUCAACGUCGAAAGACAUUUACCUACACAAUUCCAAAUGACUUCCCCAAAAAUUGAGACAGGACUGCCAUUCCAUCCAGGAUAUGGAAAUAUCCUUCGAGAAGGCAGGCGAAAUUCCUGCGAGCCAGAAUCAUCUUCUUCUCCCCCCACUCACAUUCAGAUACCAGAUCCGAGGUUUGUAGACAGAUCGCGACCUACAGCAAACACAUUUCUUAUGUCUCCUAAUUCGCCUGGGCUCGGAAAGCGAUUGGAAGUACAACGCGCUGAUCUCACGCCAUCCGAGGAAUUAACGUCCAGCGACGGGGCAAAUUAUUUCGACACUACUCCUGGAACCUCGGAUCCUCCCCAGAAAUCCCCAUCAAAUGUUGGGGAUGUAAUAGCACCGCUUUCACCAAGUAUUAGCCCUCCUGCAUUGGGCAGUCAAUCACGACUUCACUCAAUAUCAACAGUCUCAUUCGAGCCGGAACGGUUACAGAAAAGUCGAAGUACUUCAUCUGCCCCUCCACCCGAGAAGAGCAAAUCGAGAUGGCGGUCGAAGCUUACCUCGUCUAAAAAGGAGUCUUCCAAAACAUCCGGAGACUCGAGUUCAUUGUCAUCAACGACCCUGGAAUCCCAAAAGCUCGAGGAGAUAUCUUUGAAGAAUCUGGUCAGCUCGUCGAAGAUAUCGCGUGGAAAAAGUGGGAAGAACAUCAACGUCGCGAUAUCGCAGAAUUCGUCAUAUGUACUCUUCUGGACCCAAGCUUCGAUAAACAUAUGGGAUGUAGGAGCCUCGUCACCACUGCUUGGUCGAGCUGUAUUGACAGAGAGCAAUUGCGUCUUGGCGGCGGUCACGAAGGUUCAUUUGGCCUACAUAAUUGGGACGAGAGAUCAAAAGCUCACGCUCCGUAUCGUCGAUCUAAUCCAGCCAUCAGUGCCCAUGAUCGAGUACCGCAUGCCCUCCUCACCCUGGUGUCACAGUAUCUGCAUCGACCCAAAAGAAAAUCAUGUCGCUGUCGGCUUUGACAACUGCACUGUACGCUUCUUCAACGCCGGGAAAUCAGAAGAGCCGAGGGAAGAGCGACUACACAGCCGCAACCACAGAGACUGUAGACAGUGCCCACCAAUCGACACUCUUUCCUUCUCAAGUGACGGACUCGUCCUCAUUGCCAGUACACGAAGCCCUAAGAACGGCACGAUUCAGAUCUACGCAUGGCGAUUUCCGUUCGAGGAAUCACAAGAACUCACUACAUGCAGAUAUCAGGUUCCUCUCCAUGAGUCGGAAGAUAAUGGUGUCUCCUCAGCCAUCUUCCGCUCAGGCGUCUGUGGCGAGGAGAAUCUGGUUUGUAUCUCCACAUGGACGCAAUCAGGUGUUCCAGUGCUCGUGCAGCCACAAGGAGGACACCGAAGUGAGAUCAGGUCAGAUUCGUCGACGCAUCAAGGCAAACUCGGAAACCGGAUCCAGUGUGCCGCGUUCUCGCCCACCGGUGGCGAGUUGGCCAUAGUCAAUGACAAGGGGCAUCUGUAUCACAUUUCAAAUCUGAAUGCGAGUCCGAUGGAGGUCAAGCGGAUCGCGACGUCGAAGGAACUCACGACUAGAUCAGAUGCGUUUGCGAUGACUUUUAUGAAGUUGCCGGAUGAAGAGGCGAUUGUCAUGGCCUGGGCAGAUUCGUCGAAGGCGGUUGGGUUUGUGAAGAAAGUACCAGUUCGGUACAGUGUAAGUCAAUACAUUCACGGAUGUGUCAUCGAAUUUGUGUCCAACUAGUGAUACGGCUCUAGGAUACGCUCAAUACACCCGUACCCAUGACACCUUUAGCGUCUGGCUUCCUCCAGUCGCCACGUUUCGAGCUACCCACCGAAGGUAGAGAAAUCAAACCACCUGUUGAGCUUAACGUGACAGAAGUUCCUGCACCCUUGAACAUCAUCAAGGGUUAUCCCAGGGAGAAAUCAUAGUCGAGAAUGGGAGGGGAUAACAGUAGCUCACUUCCACAUCAGUACAUUUAAAGCUGGAUGUGGUGUGAUAUUCUCACUGCUAGUUUCUGUUUUGUUUUUGAUUUUUGAUCUUUGAACAGGGACACUACGUUUUUGAUUCGGCAUUUUGACGGAGUUGUAAAACGGUGGACAUGGCUGCAUGGGUUGGGUGGGCAUGGCGAUUAAUCGGGAUACCCAUAACGAGCUAGAUUUCACAUGUAACGAAAAACGUAUUGAAUGUAAUUCUAGAACAUCCAGAUCUCAUCAUUGUGUUCCCGAUCGUCGAAUUCUAGA